AAUAAAAAACAUAAAAACAAGCCAAAAAUCAAGGCGACGCAAUUUCUACUAGUACCAUUUGCCAAAAAAUUUGAAAAGUGGAUAAACAUGGCGGACAAGAAGAAAUCGCAAGCAUCCGGCGAUGCACCAGAUAAGAAGAAAGAUGAGAAACAACAGGACUCAUCGAAGGUUAAACCCAAAAUCAAGGGGGGGAUAUCUCAAACAGCUCCACCCGAGCCAGAGGACUUACCAAAGACUCCGUCACAGAUCGCUCGAGAGGAAGCCGAGUAUAGAGCAAUGCAACGUAAGGCCCGCUUCAAACGGCGUUGGCCAGAGGUUACGAAGGUCAAGAUUAAAACCGCGCCCUGGUCCCCACCGGGACCACCCCAGAGAAUGCCACCAGUCGUAAUAGAACUGCCAGAGAUAGUGAGAAGAAAAUGGGUACCACCAUAUUUAAAGAGGAGAAGACGUCGACGGAAGCUAAUGCGGAUCCCUCCAGACCAAAUCACACAACCUUUGUACGAGUAUGCAAAAUUAAGGAAGAUUUGGCACAACUUCCUUCAAGUGGAAAAGAACAAGAUGAUGCUACAAGGUAGCAUCGGCUGUAAUUCUAAGAAGUAUUCUUCGACAGCUUGUGGAUCUCAAACUGCCUGCAUAGCAGUUGUGUGUCGUGCUCUCCUAGAAGAGAAGGAAGCUGCAGAUCUUGUCAAGCGAGAUGUCGAUGAUCUGAUUGAUUCUGGCGACCGAUACUACAGGCAGUGCAUGCUGGCUCUCAAGUGUUAUAAGGGUAAACCCCAGCUACAACUGAACCAGCUUCUGCCAUCGUUCUUCUUUCACGACAAGAAGUAUACAAUCAAGAUGGAGGAGGCUGAGAAAGGGUUGCUCGCUAAACAUCCCGACAAUAUACAGCCGGACUCGGAUUUGAUGGCCUUCAUGGAGAAACGCGUAGGCACCACAUACAUGAUGAUCCUAACGGCUGGCGAUCGUCAUUUCCUUAUUUGGGGACACCCACCACCGCCAGAGUCUGGCAGCCAAGUGAAGACCAUCUGCUAUAUCUUCGACCCUCACAUGUUGGACGAGCUUGGAUGUCCGCAUAAAAUAUUUGGAGCCGGAGCAUUUCUCCGAUACGCAGGCAUAACGUCGUUUGUCGUGGACUUCCUCGCAAACUAUGGAGAUCUUGAAACAGCUAAGAUGGGCACUCCCCAACCUGCAUUGGCUUUGACGAAUAUUGAGGUUGUUCAAAUUGAGCCUCUCGACCGAGUGGCCCAUUACGAAUUGGAUCUUAAGACACUGAAAAUACACUGUAGGAGUGAAUGGGACAGCAUGAAUAUAAACGCACUUAUCGAGAAAAAGAGAAAUGAGGGAAAAUAUCCACUGUGCUCCCUUAGUGCGGUAAGCUUGGCCACGUCAAGAGCCACAUCGAAAAGGAAAGUUCGAGAUUUUUACCAGAAAACACCUAAAGAACCGCCUCCACAACUACCGGUCGCUCCUGAGCGCGCUCCGCCCGAGCCCACCUUGGAGCAAUUGAUACAACUGCGAGGAGAAAACUUCUUCCUCUACUGCCCACGCCAGGAUGCACACGCUUAUGGCAGAGAUGACAUGCUACCACGUCCAAAGUCUGAGACAAUAAUGCACAGUUACGUGGAGAUUGCGGACCAAAACUAUCACUCGCAGUAUCAACAAAUUGACGUGGAGAAGUGGAUUCUAAGAGCCACCAGGCAUAUGGCUAGUUGGCGAUACCAAACAUUCAAGACGUUCACGGGUAUAUCUUGCUGUGUGGCUGCGUUGGCGAUGCUCAGGAGACUUCGCGCUCGAGCGUGGAAUGAAGACAUUUUGGAUGAGACUCUUGAUGUUGGAUACAACUUGUUCAGAGAGUCUUUAGUUGAGAGAGGUGGUCCGAUCCGCAGGCUAGUUUUGGGUGAAUUGAAGGAGAUUUUCAGGAUAAGAGACAGAGAAUACAUGCGUAAGGACCGUGGUAUAGCAGUUUGGGGUAAGCUGGUCUCCAACAAUCCCAAAGUUUUCGACCUUUGCCGAGGCAUCGAGAGUUUCUUUAAAGAAUCCGAUGCAGGAGUGUUACAGAUUCCUGGCGAAAUCGAAACGGCAAUUUGGAAUGAAGGUGGAAGAUUUUACGUGUAUCAUCCAUGGCCGGCGGAUAGAUAUGGAUAUAAAGUUGGUCUCCAAGACGGCGGUAAAGCGUGCCUUCUAUAUUUCGGUCAUAUUGCGCGCCUUUGCGAACAUUUCCUGGACAGCGUGAAGGAUUUGAGGCGCAAGCCGUUCAGCAUAUCCGAUGUUUACAUCACUGAACAAGCGGAGAUGCCUGAGCCUGUCAAUAAAUUGAAACCGGUGGCAGCCAACAAAUGGGUGAUCCGGGGCAGUUUCCAUGAAGCCGAUGAACGGUUCCCGGAAGAGCAUCGCGGCAAGCAAGCCACGCCGGCCUCCAUCGCAGCGAUCGCUAUGGCACACGUCAUCGAACCCUCGGCAUGGACCCAGGAUGAUAUUGAUGAAACACUUAUUCGAGGAGACAUACUCUAUCAAAAUACAAUGGAGAAUUUAGAACGUCUGGGUAUUAAUUUAACUGACGCUCCGGUAAAAGGCGGAGAAGAGGAAGAAGAAGAGAAGAGCAGUGGUGGAACUUUGGCUGCUGCUGAUGUUCUCACUAGAUUCAAAGUGUCGGAGUAUGAUUGUAUUGAAACUGAUGUUAUGGAUAGCGCUUAUAGUGGACAACUUUAUGCAGAACCCGGGAGUGGUAUCCACUCGCUCAAGGAGUCUCUCCGCCAUUUGUUCAAAGAGCACACACACGCCGUACUCACAGCUAGAGGCGGAUCUACUGCUAUUUGGAAGCAUGAAGACAGUUUCUACUUCUUUGACCCUCAUGGCUGCGAUGAGAAUGGUUUUCCAUCCGAUGAGCCUCGCGCAGCAGCCUGUCUUGUUCGUAUAAAAGGCUCUGAAGACGAUCUUGCGAAAAUCAUUCUGGGAAACUUAGCGCCUGGGGUCGACGAUAGUUUCAACAUCUCACCUGUUUCCGUUAACGCAAGUAAACUCAAUGCUAUGAUUGGGGCACCCGAGAUGAAACCAGAUAGUAAAGCAUUCCAGUGGAUAUCCAAAGGGACUGCUGCAAUCAUGAUGGGCCCUCGCGGUGAAAACACCGCCAUUGGUAAAGCUGCUGAAAAGGCUGGUAUUGGGAAGGACGAUAUGGCAGGUCGCACGAUAGCUCUACCGGCAGCGGCUGCCUUUGCCGCCGCCACGGAUGCGGUGCCUCCACCGCACAUGCAUCAGGACCACAUGUACAACUGCAUUGAUGCUGGUGUGGAUUACUACCUCAAUCACGUGAAAAAGACGGGGCGCAAAACAAUCGAGCCUGAAGAUUUAACGGAGAAGUUCGAAAUGGGAGCGAAUACAUUCUCGAUUGAGCUUGGAGAACCUAUACGUUUACCAUUGAGACUACCCGAUGAACCAGCCGGGGAAGGCGGAGAAGAAGAAGAAGAAGGUGGUGACAAAGAAUUAGGAGAAACUGAAGAGGAAGAAGAAAAGGAACCACCUAUGAAGCAAAUCAAGGACGCUCUAUUUAAGAUGUGGUAUGACCAGACGAAGCCUACAUCUGUUUCAUUGCUUGUGGGUGACUACCAUCAGAUGGGAGUCUGGAUGUCGGCUGGUGGAAAGGUUGUUGCAUUUGAUCCUGCACCUACAUUGGUUAAAGGCAUGCUGACCUCGCAGAGAAUCAAGAAAGGAGAUGAAAUACGACUCCAACGUCUCAAAGAUGAGAUGGCCGGUGAGGGCGGUGGCGGUGAUGAAGAGGAGGAUGAAGAAGAAGCGGGUGCCGAGGGUGAGGAGCAACCCGAGCCGGUGCCCGAGUUUGUGCCGCCUGAAUCGUGUCCUGUGCUGAUAGUUGCCGCUAGUCCGGGAGAGUUUAUUGACAAACUGACUUCCCAAGGCCCUCUGGACAGGAAGCAAUGUCUCGCCCCAUACAAACUGUACCCAGUCAAAAUCAUCAAUGAGCUAACAUCUGUACUGAAGGAGAGGAAAUCUGGAACUCCCAAAGGCGGUGAGGAAGAAGGUGGUGAAGGAGAAGAUAGUGGAGACACUCUCAUAGAUCCGUUGGACGAUGCCGCGAUAGGCAAAUACUUCAUCCGCAUCGGUCGCGCUGUAGCAUCUGUUCGUGGUCGAGUGGCGCAAAACGAAAACUAUUUCCUUGAUCAACCUAAUAGGGAUAAUCAGGAUGCAGCUAAUGCAGUUAUGGGCAUAAUCGUAGACCACAUAGAGCCUUACAUACACUGGAAGCCGCAACUCAUAGACGCCAUACUGAAAUACGGUGACCGGCUCUACACCAUGUCUCUACCGAGAGCGGCCGCUCCUCCCAGACUGACUCCUACUGAGAUUGAACCGGAGUUUCAUGUCACGAGUUUUAAUAUAAAAUUAGAAAUAGACGGCGACAUCGUGCAAGGAGAUCUCAAAGCGGGUGCUACUGGCGCCGUACUGAACCUCGAUAGAGCCAUUUUGAAAUUCUUUGAAACGCACAAAUACGGUGUACUAUGCGCGAAAGACUAUUGCGUGGGUCUCUGGCGCGGCGCGGAUGAUAAGGCCUUCUGCCUGUGGGAGCCUCAUGCGGUCGGCCCAGCCGGCCGUAUCUCCCCUGGUGGGGGAGCCGGUCUCAUACUGUUUGCGAGUGUCGAUCAACUAACCGACGCUCUCAAAGCUACCAUGGACAAGUUGGGACGACCUGGCUCCAACAAGUUCUCAAUAUCAUCAGUGAAAGUGUUCUGGGAGUUGUCGAAAAUUCCGACCAGAGUCACUGCACAAGGCGCUGUUCCCGACGAAGGAUAUGAGUGGAAGGUUCUGACUGCAUAUGUCGAGACGGCUCGAGGUCGAACAAUUCUUCGAGGAUCGCGACCACCUGAUUUAGUCAAAUUCACCCGCGAUGCUCUCCUCCAAUCGUCAUGCGGUGCUUUAGUGGGAGCUUGCAUGUCUCAUGUGAGACGUCCUCAUCUAUGGACGCGUAAUACCGUCGACGAAGUUCUGGCUGUUGCUUGCCAGUUGUUUACUAAGUCCUUGGGCUCGUUGGGAUAUGAGUUUAGACCUGGAGAAGAUGUGCUACUUCCUCUACAGGUUUUGAAACGGUUCGUUUUGGGCGUCAACUACGUGCGAUACGAUUUGCAGCAAGUGUAUUCUGGUAAACUGGAGCAGAAAACUCCUACGGAAAUGACGGUCAGAUGUGCGUUAGAGCGUUUUUUUGAGACGCACACGCACGGCAUCCUGUGGUCGAUCCCGCACGCGGUGGCGGUAUGGCGCGUAGCGGGCGCUCCGCCCUACUAUAUGAUGGAGCCCCACGCGUGUGGACCCACGGGGCUAAGGAUUGAUGCCCAGGACGAUGGAGCUGCGUGCGUGUUAACGUUUACUUCGCCAAAAUUGAUGGCGUUUGCCUACCUCCAGAACAUACCAGUGGUGGAACGGCCAAAGCACGACUUCCAACUAUAUGCGAUGGCUGUAACCGUUCAACCUAUUAAAAAGUUAGGUGGCGUUGACCCACCCUUGGUUCGAGCACCGCCUGGUGUCAAGCUUGUGCCAGCUACUAGCAAAGUUACCAUAGAUGGUAAGAAACGUCGUGCUGCGGAGAAGGAUAGAAAACAUCCUCCCGGCAGUGCGACAUGUGUCGAUGCGCAAAGAGCUUCAGAGAAGAAGGACAAAGAAGAUGGGAAAUUCAAAGGUCAACGCAACACCAGCGGUUGGCUGGUUCUCAACGAUGGAACACAGUUCCUCUCUGCCCAACAUUCGAUGUGCUGUCGCAAAUUCCCAUUCGCCUCGCGUGGUAAUCAGGCUCUUGCCUGUUCUGUGAUGGCGGUGGCUAUGUCGAGAGUGGAAGAUGUGUGUCGAUGGUGUUCGUCCACCCUCGAUCAUAUCCUGGAGAGCGGAGACCAACUUUACCAGGACAGCUAUCUGCACUUCCGACCCCCAACUAAAAUACUUAAUAUUGAACAGAUUCUACGCAAAUUCUAUACACCUGGUAAUUGUGUGUGCCGUGUUGUUGUGUAUAAGUCUCGACAGAAGGGCGCGGUGGAUAGUGACCUACUUGAAAAGGUAACAGAAUUCUUCCGUGAAGAGAGAUCUGGUGUUUUCGUCGCUGGUUGUGGUGAUUUUGCCGUGGCACUGUUUAGAACACCGAGAGGGUACUACAUGUUCGACCCUGCGGACCGCGACCGCUACGGACGCGCCGUAGCGCCCCCGUGCCGCGGCCGAGCGCGCGCGUGCUUCUCACAGUACCCUGAUAUUAAGACUUUAACUGAAAAGUUGGGACCCAACAUUCCUCCUGUAAUUAAACAAGGCGAGGAAAAUGACGACUCUAAAGAGGUUCGCUUUGAAGAACCGGCCAAAUUCGAAAUAUUUGGCAUGGACGUCACCAGUCUUCGUCGAUUGAAUCAACACGAAAGAUAGAGUAUUUUUUAUAUCUAGGUAUUAUUAUACUCCAUCCACGGAAAGAAGUUAGUAUAUGGCUCUCUGUUACGUAAUCCCAUACAAAUGACAGACGAAAACCUCAAUGGGCGUUAACCAUUUUUUGAGUUACCAACUAAUCACAAAUAUGUUUUCAAAAAACAUUCGAUAUUCAAUUCGGAGACAUAGUUUCGUUUGUGAUUGAUUGGUGACUCGAAAUGGUUAACGCCUACUGACAUUUUUGUCUCUGUCAUUUGUAUGGGAUUACGUAACAGAGAGAGCACUAUACCACAGAAUAAUAUCAUAGUACUACUAUACUAACUUCUUUCCGUAGAUAGAGUACGUAUAGGUACCUAUAGGAACAAAACGCGCGGAAAUUCAGCCAAAUGUUUGGUAUUGUUAAAGCACACAAUAAUAAUACUAUUAUACUAUAUACUUUUAUACUAUUUUGAUUUUCUUCUAAGGUCGUUAAACUAUUAUUGUCUGUGCGGAUCUUUGUGAUUACUGAUUGGGAAACCAUUGCAUAAUUUUAGUAACUUUGUCUUCGGAAGCGUCGUCUUAGUUUUUGUGGAACUCUAAUUACAAUAGCUGGCAGAAAAUAUUGUACAUCGACCUUUAGAAAGGGAUUUCGGCUUCGUAGAGCGUUGUCUCUGUCACUCAUACCUAUGUGACUUUUUGUCGGGUUCAACGACAGAGACAACACUACGAAACCGGUAUCUCUUUUUAAGGGUCGAUGUACAAUAUUUCCUGCCGGGUACUGUACAAUAUUGUGUUUCUUCCUUCGAAAACCUAGUUUUUUUUAUAUAAAAUUGUUUGUAUCUAAGUUUAAAAUUGCUUGUUAAUAAAAAAUAGUAAUUUCAUUUUGA